CGUCGGAGAUGGAGGUGUUUAUCGUAUUACUUUUAGGUGCUGGCACACUAUUUGUGUUUUACAUAAAUUACUUGCUCGGUUAUUGGAAGAGGCGUGGCUUGCCACAUGAUAAGCCAGAAUUUUUAGUCGGAAAUAUGAAUGAAUGGCGUAAAACUAAGCACAUAGCAGAAAUAUUUGCAGAUACAUAUAAACAAUAUAAAAAUACUGGUCCAUUUGCUGGAUUUUAUUUACUGAUGACAAAAUCUGCAGUAAUAACUGAUAUUGAUCUCGUAAAGCGCAUUUUGAUCAAAGAUUUCAAUAAUUUCGAUGAACGUGGACUUUUUCACAAUGAUCGCGACGAUCCUUUAACCGGUAACUUGUUUGACACCGAUGGCGACAAAUGGCGUCAAUUGCGCCACAAACUGACACCAACAUUUACCUCAGGCAAAAUGAAAAACAUGUUCUCAAUAGUCAGUAACAUUGGAUCUGAGCUUGAAGCAGUUAUUUCCGAAAAAACAAUAUCAGCACCACAAGUACUUGAGGUCAAUGAAUUUUUAGGGCGAUUUACUGCUGAUGUCAUUGGAGUUUGCGCAUUCGGUAUAGAAUGCAACAGCCUCCGUAAUCCAAACGCAGAGUUUGUGAAAAUAGGCAGACGUGUUUUCACAGAAUCAAGGCACAAUAAAGUUGUUGAAGGUCUAAUGCAUACUUUUCCAGAUAUUGCACGCAUGUUACGCAUGCGUAUCAUACCACAGGACAUUAGUGACUUUUAUAUGCGUAUUGUAAAAGAUACUGUUGGGUACAGAGAAAAAAAUAACAUUAAACGCAAUGACUUCAUGGACAUGUUGAUUGAUCUGAAAAACAGAAAACCAACCCGGGAUGAAAAUGGAAAAAUUAUUACGGGAUUAACUGAGAAUGAUGUAGCCGCCCAAUCAUUUGUGUUCUUCGUUGCGGGAUUUGAAACUUCAUCCACAACGAUGGGAUUCGCACUUUACGAAUUAGCACAAAAUCAGGACAUACAAGACAAACUGAGAAGAGAAAUAAAUGAAACCAUUAAGAAGCACAACAAUGAGUUCACGUAUGAAUGCAUGAAGGAUAUGCACUAUUUAGAGCAAGUUAUCGAUGAAACUCUACGUUUGCAUCCCGUUGGCGCUCAUUUAAUACGUAAAGCUCGUUCACACUACGAAACCUCCGAUCCGAAAUAUUAUAUUGAGGAGGGAACAUUGAUCGUAAUUCCCUCGCUAGCAAUACAUCAUGACCCAGAAUUUUAUCCCGAACCUGAAAAAUUCAAACCUGAACGUUUUUCAGCUGAGGAAAUAAAGAGCCGACCAUCGUGUACUUGGUUACCUUUUGGUGAGGGCCCACGCAAUUGCAUUGGCUUACGCUUCGGUAAAAUGCAAGCCUGCAUUGGGCUCACAUAUUUAAUUAAGAACUUUAAAUUCACGGUUGCUAAAGAAACCCAGAUUCCAUAUAUACUGGAUGUGGAACCACUAGUUUUAAAUGCAAAAAAUGGAAUUCAUUUGAUGGUGGAAAAAAUUUAAAUUCAGAUUAAGGUAUGUGUGAGUGUAAAAUGCAUGCAAGUGUUAACAAUAUUUUACUAAUGAGAGAGAUUACUAUGAAUCAACUUUUUUUAUUAUUUUUACAUAUUGUUUAUAACCUAAUUAA